GAUCGCGAUACUACACCGAUAAUUAUCGGAGUCACAUCGGUGAGGGGGACACAGCUGUCGGGUCGCUUGAGCGAGAGAAAGGAGCAGUAUUGAUGAGCGUUGUUCGACACGUUCAUGUCGGGUCAGCAAGAAGACGUGCAAGCCUCGAUUUCCUUCGUGAAAUUGGUGGAGCAGAACCCGUGCUUAUGGAAUUACACAUUGAAAAGUUAUUGUAGGACUGAUUUUACAGGUGUUGCGUGGAAAGAAAUAGCUAAAAAGCUGAAGGAAACAGAACAAAAUUGCCGGGACAGGUGGAAAAAUAUUCGUACCGCUUAUGGGAGGUCGCUUAAGCCACCAAAAUCUGGGUCCGGAGGCAAAUCAAAAAAACCCUACUACUUGGCAACCCAUCUUGAUUUUCUCCGUCCUUACAUGAAGGGAGCUUCAACAUCUGGUAACGUACCACCUGAAGAAGACACGCAAGGUGAUGAAGGAACACUAGAUACCACGGAGACACAAGUUGAAGAAGGCUUGUCAGACACUCCACAAGCACCUUCAGUAGAUGAGGUGUCUGUAGAUAACGAAACUGAUAUUCACCAGGAACCCAGACCUCGUAAGAAAAGAAAAAUUAUUACUCUGUCGAGUGAUGCAGACAAAGCGUUCAUCGGGUGGCUUGACAUUAAGAAAAACAAAGCACAAACACCUAGCGAACAGGAAAAAGAAGAUAGUGACUGGCUCUUCUUUCGCUCAUUACUUCCAGAUUUCAAGAAACUUGGCGACAGACGUAAAAGAGGGCUCAAAAUUAAAUUUGCUACACUUCUCAACGAAGAACUGGAUCUAGCUGAGGCAGAAACCUCAAACACUCCGUGCUCAUAGGCUUCAUCAUCGAUAAGUUAUCCCACGUUUCCUUCAUAGGACUGUGGACCCCCUGCUCUGUCUUAACAUGAACAAGAUGAUAACAUCACUACACUACAUUCCGUUAAUAUGUUAUGAAAUGUAUUACAAUAUAGUAUUCAGAUAUUUUGCUUGUA